AUGACAGGAGCUCCGUCUACAGAGCGGCCAGCAAGGCUCACGCCCGCUGAAGGACACAGCACAGAAGAGAACCAAGGUCAAGGCGACAGGGCUCCUGCCGAGGACGUCCUCACGCUCUGCCCGGGCGACAUUCCGUCCGAGGAUUGCGGCAGGCCCGUCCUCGGGGGAGGCGAGUGCCCGGGGGCCUGGCACGCCCGGCCACGGCAGGGGCGAGGGACACAGGGCCGACAAAGCAGUCACGAGCGGGCCCUGCGGAGCCACCCAGGAGGCAGGGGGGACCGCAGUGGGUGCGAGGUGGGUGCAGCGGAGGGCUCGCGCCCUCCGAGACGCUCGCUGCAUCCCUGCAACCUGUUCGCCUCAGAGCAGGCUUCGGCCGCUCUGACCUCGAAACGGCUCUCCACCCGCCACUUAAGACGCCCGCUUGGCUUUUCAGCACCAGAGGAAGACACAGCUCUACCGAAAGUCCGGGCCCGGGAGCCCGCGCACCGCAAGGAGAAGCCACUGCGGAGAGCCCGCUCACCGCGACGGAGCGGCCGCCUCCUGCAGCUGGAGAAGAGGCUACACGCAGCCACGAAGGCCCGGCGCGGCCACGAACGAAACCAGGACGAGACAGGCGGCCCUGACAUGCCCCACGGCCACACACAGUUGCGAUGGCAGAUCCACGCUAGGAGGCGGGGCCCGUGGCCGCUCACUCACGACUCCUCCAGAGAGAGAGCAGGAAAGGCCGACCUGUGCGCUCCUGACAGGGAGUCCUACAGGCGUUCGCUCAGGAGAUCACCUCCUGUCUGGGCAGUGCCCACGGACGAGGGGCGAUCGGGGCUUCGAGGGCGGCUGGUGUCCGAAGGACUGAGAGGAGAGGGGACGCUGAACACGGCCAAAGGAGCCACAGCGGAGCGUGAAGGUGGACGGGCCGACGGACGUCCGCAGGUCAGCCAGUGGGUCAGUUUGGUCUGA